UCGGGGCUGCCCUCUCCAAUGUAAAGUGAGUCUAAUUUAAGUCUGGCACGAAUACAAUUGCCUCUUGGUCCCCUGACUGAAGAUGAAUGCGAGCCUCUCGUCAGACUGCCCUGCCUCUCCAUCAAUAUUGGCUAGCUGCAAGCGAGGCUAGCUGGAGGCUGACCAAAUACAUCUGUCGGGCCCAAUUCCCCACCUUUGGCGACUACGGACAUGUUUUGGUCGAUGUCGUGCAUUAUCAGGACAUCCGCUCGGGUGGGUUACAACAGAAAAGAGUUGACGGGGCCACAUGUCAGCAAUCGCGUGCAUGUUUCAGACCGCUACCAUGUUCCGUGAUAGCCGCAGCAUACCAUUCACACGCUUUCGGAGCGAGCCGCAAACGAAGCAUUACGCAACGUCAUAUCAGGGAUGCCACGAGGGCUGGUAAUCGGCCCUUGAAGUCAGGUACCGUUCACGCGUCGUUGAUAUUCUCGCCGCUAAGCUUGAAGACGACGACAAGUUUGGAUCCAUUGGUAGGAAAGCAGGGUGAUGAGAAAUCAGAACAUCAGGGAGACGGGCCCAACAGAUAAGAUAACGCGGUACUAGAGGUCAUAUAUAUAGGCAUGCGGAUGUGUUCUAGGUAUACCUUCUUCAUACGUCAAUAUUGCAGGUGUAUUCGUGCCGUCAGCAAAGUCAAGGUUGUCAACGCAAGGACAGGCUAG